UUAAGGAUGCCAUUCUUGUAAACAACGCAGCUUGUUAGCCAGCUAGCUACUUGCCUGCGAUGAAGUCAAAAUGCGUCUCAUGAAGAUGACAUAAACUGCAUGAACUCGCGUUCACGCUGUGCGUCGUAGAAGAAUCUCGCGAGAUUUACCGCACGCAGCCAAGCUAACAGAUGUGUUGCUCUGUUGGCUACAGUCUAGUAUAGAGGAUCUUUGACCAUACCAUCUAGUCCGCCUGAAUUUUGCCGCAAAGCAAACUGAAUCUAUACCAUUUUAAAACGUAUAUCUGAGGAGCGGUAGAGACAACUAUGUAGUCGUUUGUUAUUCGUUUUAAUUCUUAGCUGUAUGUUAAUUUAGUGCGUGUGUGUUAUGUUUAGCAUUAUUUUCUGUUUUGAUCGCCGCACCCACCGUAUUCAUUUUUUGUUGUGGGCCAGCUAGCGAACCUUUUACUGGUAACGAUAGCUAAUGCUAAUGCUGGCUGUGGAGCAGCAGGUGUAACGUUAUUUGAAUAACAGAGCUAGCUACUAGAAAGCAUCGCUAUUAGCUAAAAUUGCUAAGAAGCUCGUUUGAAAUCAUAUUUGACUAGAUUUAUGCCACAUCUUCACCAGAGUGUAUUACGGUAACAUUAAAUCGUUAGCCUGUUAACGUACGGUAGUCAUCAUGACAGGUGAGAAGAUACGCACCAUGCGAAAGGACCACAACAAACCAAACAAAAAUGAGGAGAUAAUGGACACGUACGAUGAGACGUCAAAUGGGACUAUCCCUAACGGUACCAGUAACAAUUUCAAAUCGAACAAGGCUUUUCAAAAAUCAGUCAAAACCUCGGAACUGCAGCAGCAACAGCAGCUCAAUGCAAACAACAUUAACGGCAAUGCAUCAUCAAUUGGCACCAUUGUCAAUGAUAACAACAAGAACCCAAUAAUCCUGACAAGUGAGGACUUGGAGUUCCCCGUUCAUGAGUGCGUGUUCAAGGGAGAUGUGCGUCGGCUCUCCUCUCUCAUCAGGACCCAUAGCAUCUCUCAGAAAGAUGUGCAUGGGAACACACCUCUUCAUCUGGCUGUGAUGAUGGGCCACAAAGAAUGUGCCCUCCUACUUCUGGCCCAUAACGCUCCUGUAAAGAUAAAGAAUGCACAGGGAUGGAGCCCUCUAGCAGAAGCCAUCAGCUACGGCGACAGGCAAAUGAUCACAGCAAUACUGCGGAAGUUAAAGCAGCAAUCCAGGGAGAGCGUGGAGGAUAAAAGGCCAAAAUUACUGAAAGCUCUCAGGGAGCUUGGUGACUUUUAUCUGGAGCUGCAUUGGGACUUUCAGAGCUGGGUGCCUUUGCUGUCCCGGAUGCUGCCAUCUGAUGCUUGUAAAAUCUACAAGCAAGGACUUAACAUCAGACUUGACACCACCCUCAUAGACUUCACUGAUAUGAAGUGUCAGCGUGGAGAUCUUAGCUUCAUUUUCAACGGCGAGGCCGCACCCUCCCAGUCCUUUGUGGUUCUAGACAAUGAAGCAAAAGUGUACCAAAGAAUACACCACGAGGAGUCUGAGAUGGAGACUGAAGAAGAGGUGGAUAUUCUGAUGAGCAGUGAUGUCUACUCUGCAACUCUGUCCACCAAGUCGAUCAGUUUCUCUCGCAGUCAGAUUGGCUGGCUGUUCAGAGAGGAUAAAACGGAGAGGGUUGGAAACUUCCUGGCUGACUUCUACUCCGUCAACGGUCUGGUGCUCGAGUCACGUAAACGGCGAGAACACCUAAGCGAGGAGGACAUCUUGAGGAACAAAGCAAUCAUGGAGAGCUUGAGUAAAGGAGGCAGCAUCAGUGAACAAAAUUUUGAGCCUGUGAGACGGCAGUCCCUCACAGCUCCCACAUCCAACACAAUUUCCUGGGAAGAGUACAUCACUGCAGAGCAAGGAAAGCCACCUCAUCUUGGGAGAGAGCUUGUGUGUAAGGAAAGCAAGAAGAACUUCAAAGCUACUGUAGCCAUGAGCCAGGAUUUCCCUCUAGGCAUCGAGUCGUUAUUGAACGUGUUGGAGGUCAUAGCCCCGUUCAAGCACUUCAACAAACUCCGGGAGUUCGUUCAGAUGAAACUUCCGCCUGGGUUUCCAGUCAAACUCGACAUCCCCGUCUUCCCCACGAUCACAGCAACUGUCACCUUUCAGGAAUUCCGCUACGAUGAAUUCGAAGAGUCUACUUUCUUCAUCCCCGCUGAAUACAAAGAAGAUCCCAGUCGCUUCCCAGACCUCUGACCUGUAAACACAUCUGACGCAAAAAGGAAAUGACCAGCGAGCUAAUAUGUUCGAUAGGUGGGAAACAAAAAACGAGGAAUCCUGUAGUUUUAUUCCUAUAUAUAUUAUCCGUUUUAAAAAAAAAAAAAAAAAAAAAAAGGGAGGGACUGGUCUUAUUGAGCAGUUAUUUUAAAUUUUUGUUGAUGGAUCCAAAGCGAAUCAAUGCAAACAGAUGUUACAGAGCGCCAUCUAACAUAUAUUAUAGAUGCAUAUCGGCAGUCGUUUUUUUUGUGAUAUAAGUGAUAGCUUUCGUUGUACUCACUGUUCAUCACCUGAGCAGUUGAAUGUGCCGCUCUUUGCUGCUGUUCUUUCCUGUGAAAGCUGUCAGAAGACAAAGCCUGGACAUCACUAUUUUAAUAUCUACUCUUAUCUCCUCAUCUCCGAGGACUGAUUACUGAAUUCUCAUUCUUGAAACUGCACUGACACUGUCAUCUGUAAAUAAUUCACGUCUCCCAUGUAAUUCAUAAGAAAAAAACACAAAUAUAGCUAUAUCCUCAAA